AACAUGGUCACGUUAUGUCUUGUCGUGCUCUUAGUUACGGUCCAGUGGUCCUGGGCUCAGGAAGACCCUCUUCUGCCUUUCUCUGAACAGCUGGACCUCGAGCACAAGGUGCAGCUGAAGUGGGGAUUUGAUGAGAUCCGGGGCACCAUCUUGUUCGAGCUCACGGUCAACACCAGCGGCUGGGUCGGUUUCGGCUUCAGCCCCAAAGGAGGAAUGACUGGAGCCGACGUCGUGAUUGGAGGAGUUGGACCCAAAGGAAGUUACUUCACGGACCGUAAUGCUGUGGGGAAUUCAAUGCCAGCGAUUGACCAGAAACAGAACUACAAACUCCUGUCUCUCACCGAGUCUGAUGGGAAAACGGUCUUGAAGUUUGAGAGAUCCAUCAAGGCCUGCGAUGAAAACGACUUAACCGUCACUGAUCUCCCCAUGAAGCUGAUCUACGCGUACGGACAGACUGAUGAAAUCAUGUACCACAGCAACCAAAGAGGCACAAAGGAGCUGAACCUGUUGAAGUACAUGCCUCGGGUCAACCCUCCAAACAGGAAGUAUUUCGACAUGACUAUGAUCAAUUUCACUGUGCCGGCCAACCAAACCCACUAUCACUGCAAGAUCAUGAAAGCACCGGCAUUUAACAGCAAACAGCACAUUUAUCGCAUUGAGCCGGUGAUCACAAACUUCGACCUCGUGCAUCACCUGCUGCUGUACCGCUGUCCUCCGAGCGUGACCGAACCGUUCGAGGCGGAGUGUUACUCAUCGUUAAAAACCAACUUGUGUAUGGAGACCAUUGCAGUGUGGGGAGUUGGCGGAGGGGCUUUUGAACUCCCUGAGGUGGCAGGACUUCCAAUUGGAGGCAACGUUAGUGAUUUUUUCUACAGGCUUGAAGUGCAUUACAACAAUGCUAAUAAAAGUACAGGUCGAGUCGAUAGCUCAGGUCUGCGGUUCUAUUACACAUCUGAACUCCGUCAGCACGAUGCAGGUGUUUUAGGAACAGGGCUUGUAAUAGCUCCUUGGUACGCCAUCCCACCCAAAGCCAAAUCCUUCCUCACGUACGGUCUGUGUGACACUGCUCAUAUUCCAAAGGUUCUGACGACGUCAAAUGAUCUUCAGGUGUUCUCCGUGAUGCUGCACACACACUUAGCUGGGAGAAAGGUGCGAGUCGGACACUUCAGAGAGGAAAAGCAGAUCGAUUUCUUAGCUGUGGAUGAAAACUAUGAUUUUGAAUACCAGGACGUGACAAAUCUGGGCAAAACCAAGACAGUGAAGUUGGGAGACAAACUGCUGGUGGAGUGCACUUAUAACACUGAAAACCGCAGCGCACUCACAUGGGGGGGGCUCUCAACUUCAGAUGAGAUGUGUUUGGCCUUCCUCUUCUACUAUCCAGCUAUGAAUCUGAGCGGCUGUAUGAGCUUCCCCAAUAUGACCACUUUAAGAUCUGAGAUGGGAACGCCAGCUCUAAACGCUUGGCUAAAUACGAUGUCCACGAAGACUUGGAACGACACGUCUAUCAAUCAAUACCAACAAACGUUGAAGAGGAUCGACCAGCUCGUCAUAAUUGCCGAUUCGUUUAAAAACAUAUCGCGCACCACAGGGCUGAUUCCUAACCUCAGCGUCAUCCCGUCUGCACCCUGCAUGAGUGCUUGUGACACCAGAAAUCUUGCUUUGCUGUCGCCGCUCCUCUGUUUGUUGGUACAGUUCAUGCAAAAAACACUACUGAUGUAAUCUGCUGUCCUAUUCAUGUCUUGGAUUAAAAGUCAAUCAAUCUAGAUUAGGAGGUCCUGGCAGCUCCACCCUCACAGGUGUAAUAGUUUCAAAAACAAAAAUCCUACAAAAUAGCCUAUGCGUUAGUGUAAUUACAAAUCAUAUCAGGGAAAUGAGGGAAAAUAAUAUGAGGAGGAGAUAGGUGUGUGUUUUUUGUUUUUUUUCUUGUGCUAAAUAAUUCAAUAUGAGUGUAUUUUCUAUAAUGUUCUCUUCACUGCACAUUAAAUAAACAAGUGAACGCAUUAAAACACUAUCAAACAUAAAAAAAACCCUAAUGUUUAACAGACAUACUUAAAAAAAUAAGUAAAAAAUAAAGCCAAUACAAUGGUUGUUUUCCAUUUUUGCUGUCGAUUAAUUAUUCUGUGGUUAAUAUCAUUUUGUAUUGAUUAAUUAGGAAAUGUAUUCCAAAUAGUGGCUUAAAUAUUUCAGAAUUAAAAAAUGUAGUUGCUUUAUUUGACCAUUUCUAAAGAUGUUUUAAAUAGGCAAAUGUAAAUACAGUAUGCUUUUUGGGGCAAAGCAGACAAUAUUGACUGUUAUAAUACUUUAAUAAAACACUUAAAUGU